UCAUGGUGGUCCCUCCUCGUCACCCACUGAAGCAGUGUUUGUGGUGGAGCCCAUGAGAGCUUGGUGGGGUUGAGCAGAAUGAGGGAAGGUUUCGUGGAGCAGGGAGGGAGAUGGCUAGGGCAGCAAGUGAAGGACGGACUCGCCUUCCCAUCCCUCCAGGGGUGCUCCUGCCAGCCAGCCCCUCCCCCGCUUUCAUGAAGGGGUGGCCGUUGGAAUUCUGCACUCCAUCUCUGCUGAUUGGGCCCAGGACAAGGGGACGGGCAUUUGUGGGCCUCACCCCCCCCAGGCAGACAGGAGGAGGAAACCAUGUCCCAGCAGGCAGGGCAGAGGGACCCCCGAUGCCAACAGUGCUUUAUCAGCGGGUGCCAGGCGAGGCCGUCCCCGGGGUGAGGACAGCAUCUCUCCGGGCCCUGUUAUCAGUCACAGAGUCCACAGGACGCUCCUUGGGUUAACGUGUAACCAUGAGCCGUCCCCGCCACCCCCUGAAGCCACUCGCUCCCAGAUUAGGUCGCUCUGGGGGUAUCAGGCCAGCAUGGACGCUGGCAAAGCGGGGCAGACCCUGAAGACUCGCUGCUCAGCCCAGCGCCCAGAUGUCUGCAGGUGGCUGAGCCCCUUCAUCCUCUCCUGCUGCGUGUACUUCUGCCUCUGGAUUCCCGAGGACCAGCCGUCCUGGGUCGCUGCCCUGGUCAAGUGCCUGCCCAUCCUCGGCCUGGCCGGGUUCCUGUGGGUCGUGUGCCCGGGCGGGGGCUACAGCCGGCUCCUCCAGGGAGCCCUCUUGUGCUCGGCAGUGGGGGACGCCUGCCUCAUCUGGCCUGGAGCCUUCCUCCCUGGCAUGGCCGCCUUCGCCACCACCCACCUUCUCUACGUCUGGGCCUUCGGCUUCUCUCCCCUGCAGCCUGGCCUGCUGCUGCUCAUCAUCCUGGCCUCUGGCCCCUACCUCAGCCUUGUGCUCCAGCACCUUGAGCCGGAUAUGGGCCUGCCUGUGGCAGCCUAUGGGCUGAUCCUGAUGGCCAUGCUGUGGCGCGGCCUGGCCCGGGGCAGGAGUGCCGGCUGGGGCGCGCUGCUCUUCACACUCUCUGAUGGCGUGCUGGCCUGGGACACCUUCGUCCAGCCCCUGCCCCAUGCCCGCCUGGUGGUCAUGACCACCUACUACGCUGCCCAGCUCCUCAUCACACUGUCGGCCCUCAGGAGCCAGAUGGCGAAGACCGACUGACUAGAGAGCUUGAAGGGCCGGUAUUCAGGCGCUCUCCUCUUGCAAAGACCUGGGCCUCCCAGAUCAGCCCAGCCCGAGAAAUACCCUCAGCAGCGAAGCUUCCUCACGCCUGUCUGCAGGCGCCACCGCCGCCGCCGCUUCCAGCUGAAGACGUUUGAGGACCAUUUGCGGAAUUCCAAGUCCACUGCUGGGUUCCAGCUGCCUUCUCCAGGUUCUGACUCCAGAUCCCUGGCUCCUCAGCCAGGCCCACAUGUGGCCCUCCCAGCCACCAGCCCGCCUCCGUGUUCUGUGUCGGCCCCACAGUCUGCCCGCCCCCAGCUCCUGCUCUGAAUCCGUUUUCCUUGUCUUAGUAAAGUGGGUGUGGAACCAUCGAUGUUGCUGUUGCCGUGGGAGAGGCCUCGGGGAAGAUCAUUGUGAUUAACCAUCGUGGUUAAUGACAGCAAACGGUUCUUGGUCACUCCCCAUGGACCAGGCCUGGUGCCCAGUGGGACCCUCCCUGGCCGUCGGGUGGGAGUGGAUUUGAGGAGAUAAAGUGAGGACUGUGCAGAACUGAGCCAAGAGAACUGUUUGGUCUGUGUUAGUUUCCCGGGGCUGCCGCCACAAAUAAAUUACCCCGAACCAGAUGCUUUGAAACAAGAUGAACGGACUCUCCCGCAGUUCUGGAGACCCAAAGUCCAAAAUCAGGGUGUUUUCCUGCCCAUGCUCCCUCUUAAGGCUCUCGGGAAGAAUCCAUCCUUGCCCUCUUGGCUUCUGGAGGCUCCCGGGAAUCCCUGGCUUCCCUCGGCCUGUGGCUGUGUCUCUCCGUCUUCACGUGACUGGCUUCACCGGGCAGCCUCCCUCUGUGUCUGCAGCCUUCUAGGGACACAGGCCAUUGGAUUUAGGGCCCACCGUAAACCCAGGGUGAUUCCAUCUCAAGAUCCUUAAGUAUGUGUGCAAAGACCCUGUUUGUAAGUAGUGUCACCUGCAUAGGUACCUGGGGUUAGGACUUGGACAUAUCUUUUUAGGGGACAGAACCCGCUGCAGUCACAUGCAGUAUCGGGAGAAGGGUAGGAGGCUUGAGGAUGAGGAGGGAGGGUGGCAAGGGGGUAGGAAUCAAAUGGAAAGGAGGAACCCAGCUGUGCUCCUUGUCAAGGCUGUGUGACCUUGGCAAGCUGCUGUCCCUCUCUGGUCCUCAGAUUCUGCAUCUGAAUACUUGACAGGGUCCAAGCUGCUCUCCAAGACCCUAUUUGACUUCUGCAUCCAUGAUGUGCUUUCAGUGACUCAUAGCAGAGAGGCAACUUCUCCAUCCGUGGUCAACAUUUAGAGACUCUUACAGCAGAGAGGCGACUUCUCCAUCCGUGGUCAGCAUUUAGACACUCUUACAGCAGAGAGGCGACUUCUCCAUCCUGGUCAACAUUUAGAGACUCUUAUAGCAGAGAGGCGACUUCUCCAUCCAUGAUCAGCAUUUAGAGACUCUUACAGCAGAGAGGCGACUUCUCCAUCCAUGGUCAGCAUUUAGACACUCUUACAGCAGAGAGGCGACUUCUCCAUCCUGGUCAACAUUUAGAGACUCUUACAGCAGAGAGGCGACUUCUCCAUCCAUGAUCAGCAUUUAGAGACUCUUAUAGCAGAGAGGCAACUUCUCCAUCCAUGGUCAGCAUUCAGAGACUCUUACAGCAGAGAGGCGACUUCUCCAUCCAUGGUCAACAUUUAGAGACUCUUACAGCAGAGAAGCGACUUCUCCAUCCUGGUCAACAUUUAGAGACUCUUACAGCAGAGAGGCGACUUCUCCAUCCAUGGUCAGCAUUUAGAGACUCUUACAGCAGAGAGGCGACUUCUCCAUCCAUGAUCAGCAUUUAGAGACUCUUACAGCAGAGAGGCGACUUCUCCAUCCUGGUCAACAUUUAGAGACUCUUACAGCAGAGAGGCGACUUCUCCAUCCAUGGUCAGCAUUUAGAGACUCUUACAGCAGAGAGGCGACUUCUCCAUCCAUGGUCAGCAUUUAGAGACUCUUACAGCAGAGAGGCGACUUCUCCAUCCAGGACCUGCAUUUCGGGACUCUCGGAUGUGAGAGUACAGAGGUGGGAAGGGAAGGUGGGGAUCCUGGAGGACAGGGACCAGGAAGGAAAGUGAGGACAGGAAUCCACAGUUGGAGUGAGGAGAAGUAGAAGCUGAGGGAUUUCCCUCAGUAAGAGUCAGGCGUGAGGAGGAUCUGAAGAAUUGCACGCAGGCUUGAAACCUCCACUUCCUCCUCAUCUCCUACCCUCCUGUCCACUCAGACCUGAUGAAAGGCGGGGAAAGAGGAAAUUCCACAGGAAAGUGCAGCUGGAGGGACGGGGCUCUGGGUGUGCAGAUGCCAGGGGUGCAUGGGGCCUGCAGACGUGGCUGUCCAAAGCGACAGGACGCUGCCCUCCUGUCAGCAUCCCGCAGCCCCAGCAUCCUGUCUCUCCUCCCUGAUUCUGGCCCCCGGACGACCUUUCGUCUGACUUUUCAAAGGUCUGCUUUCUCACAGUCUGAUUCGUGUUUCUCUAAAGCAGAGCUCUCAGAGGCGCUGUGCACAUCCCCCUCAGGCUCCUUCCAGCCCUGCCAGGACCCAGACCUGGGGCAAGGAGCAAAACGCCGUCUCCAUCUUCCCUCUCAAGUCAGGGUGGCUGGUGGGGAUGAGGUGGGGUGGGACUCAGCAGCCUUCAUUCCGAUCCUGCAGGUCAGACCACCCCUGGGUCUGAUUCCCUGUCUGGUCCCUCCCCAGGCCCUCUGGACGACAGAGGCCACAGCAGCAGGUUAGUGACCCCAUCAGCCUCCAUCCUGCACGUCUAGGAAGGGCCGUGGGAUUCCCUCUUCUGUUCACCACAGAGCCUUCUCCUCAUGUCUCAGCCCCCAAGGCAGUCAGAAUCCUGAGUGCGGAGGCUCGGACCUCCAGCUCCAUCACCCUGAGCUGGGCAGCCCCAAGGACCCAGACCUGCAGACUUCCAUCUACUGGGUCCGGGGGCGGGCAUGACCAGCGGGAACACAAGCACGUCAGACUGCUGGCUAGGGGUGGAGGGACUUCAGCCUGAGACCCUCUACACCUUCUCUGUGUGGGCCGAGAGGAAAGGAAUAGGUGGCCCCAGGGACGUCCUGAGCAUGUCCACAGGUAAGAGGGACCACCUGUCCACCGUCCAGCAACAUGUGCGUGUGUGCCUGUGUGUGCACGUGCGUGUGUGUGUUUGCACAUUUGUAAAAAGUGCCAGGCUGUGCACUUUAUUCUCAUGAUUAGAGCCACAAACAAACUUCA